AUUUGCUAUACACUCACGACUCACGACUCACGACUCACGACUGCAUGGUCCGCAUCUGUACAGCUGCCCUUCACUUUUGCUGUCCAUUCCCCCUUCAUCCUCUCAUCCAUCGCAUACAUAGCUCAGCGGCGUAUUCAUACUCUUUCCAACUCCUGAUUACUCAUCCCACACUCAAAACCAAUCGUUCUCCAUCCUUCUUGCCCCAAACCCCGCCACCACCACCGCACUCGUCCCUUGCUCCGGCCAGCAUGUCGUCCGAAGCGUCCAAGAAAGCAUACGAGCAGACGCUACGUCGUCUAGAGAUCAUCCAAUCUCACCUAUCCAGCGCGCCUCGCUCAGGUCGUCUAUCUGGAAAAGUGUGCAUCGUCACGGGUGCUGGAAGUCCGACUGGGAUCGGCAGAGCUACGGUGAGGCAGUACGCUCAUGAGGGUGCCAAACACAUUUACGCCCUCGACAUCGUCGAUGAUCAUUUCGAGGAGCUCAAAAAGACUUUGAAGGGAUUGUAUGCGGAUGUCAAGAUCACAACUCAUGCUUGCGAUGCCGCAUCAGAGGAGGCCAUCAAGGAGAUCUGCGAUCGUGCCAUCAAAGAGGAAGGUCAGCUGGACGUCUUUUUCGCCAAUGCUGCCAUCGCUACGGGCGCUCCAAUCUCUGCUACAGACGGAGAAGAUGUGGCCGAGACUCUGAGAGUGAAUGUAUUGAGCUGCUUCCACGCCGUCAAGUACGCAAGCGAGGCAAUGCAAGUGACCAGCUCGUCCAAGUCCGAUGCAAGUGGAUCCAUCAUCCUCACCGCUUCUGUAGCCGGUCUUCGCUCAGGAGCAGGUUCAGCAGAUUACAGCGCCAGCAAAGCAGCCGUCAUCUCCCUCGCUCAAACCGGAGCCUGUCAAAUGGCAGGAACAAAUGUUCGAGUCAAUGCCGUUUGUCCCGGUCUGAUCGAGACUGGCAUGACUCUGCCCACGUUUGAAAUGUCCAGGGAACGCGGCAGUGCGGGCAAGAUCGGUCAGCUCAACCCAACCAGGAGGUAUGGCGUGGCAGAAGAAAUUGCGCAAGUGGUCACUUUCCUCAGCACCAACGAGGCCUCCUACGUCAACGGUGUGGCUCUUCCUGUCGAUGGAGGUCUCGCAGCGAGCCAUCCAGUCGUGCCUGGACGCCUACACUGACCAUCUUCUGCAUGAGGCACAUCUUGUAACGCUCACACUAGCCGGGUACGAAAUGUCACGAAAAGGGGGGGAGUUCGAAUGAUGUUUCAUUUUGCGCCUUUU